UAACAUAAACAAAAAAUCGCAACAAAUAUUAACACACUACAAACAAUUAUACCACUAAUAAUUCCUAACGAAACGAGAGGGGAAAAUGAUGGAAAAGAAGAGCACAUUCGACUUGGUUUCAGACGAUUCAGAUCACCGAUUCCGCCACCACAAAUUCCACAAAAACUGCUUCACAGCUUCAAAUAGCUUUGCAUGCAGAAGAAUCAUGAAUGAAUGGAAACUCCUUGCAAAAGACCUCCCAGAUUCCAUCCACGUUCAAGUCUACGAACACCGCAUCGAUUUACUCCGCGCCGCCAUCGUCGGCUCCCCCGGUACACCUUACCAAGACGGUCUCUUCUUCUUUGACAUCGCAUUCCCUACAGAUUACCCAUUCAAACCACCAAAGAUCCAUUACAUCUCAUUCGGGUACCAACUCAACCCGAAUCUCUACCCUUCUGGGACUGUCUGUUUAGGCCUUCCCAACACAUGGAAGGCAGAUAAACUCAUGAGCUGGACCCCAGCUAUAACUAUACUUACAGUUUUACUUUCUAUUCAAGCAAUUGUUCUUAAUGAGAAGCCACUCUUUAACAAUCCUACCUACAGUCUUUCAGAUUAUUCUCUUAUGGAAUCCAAGGCACGUGCUUACAAUGCAUCCGUUUUUGUUCUCACGUGCUACUCCUCGGUUUGCCUUAUUCAGAAACCACCUAAGAACUUCGAGGAGUUCGUUAUAGAACACUUUCGCGAACGAGGCCAUGCUAUUCUAGACGCGUGUAAAGAGUACGCGAAUGGGCGCGUGAGAGCUGGACAUUACGGUUACGAUAACAUGGCGGUUGUUAAAGUUACGGAGUCUUUUCAGGCGUCGCUACAAAUUGCUUACCGGAAUAUGUAUAAGAAGUUUCUAGAAUGUGGUGCUUCAUUGGAGAAUUUUGUUGAAGAGUUGGAGGUAAAAGUAAAAGUACCUGAACAAGGCAAGAGAUCCAACGGUGGAAAUGAAAUUCUUGCGAAAGCUAUGGGGAAGAGCAAACAAGCUUUGGGAUGGAAGAAGAACAAGAAGAACAGUACUUAAACUAAGCAGUAAAACAGUAAAAAAAAAUUGUUCUCUUGUUAGGUUUUUAUUAGUAACAAAAAAAAUAUAAAUAUGAAUAAAACUGACGUAUGAUUUGGGAAACAA